AAUUUCUCCCCCACCAUGUCUUCUGAACGGCGUGCGGCCAUUGAGGCCAAGAAAGCGAAGCUUGAGCAAAUGCGAGAGGCGCGUAAAGCACGGCAAACAACAAAGCCUCGAACCUCUGGCGCUGCAGACACUCCUCCCACUCGAGAAAUCGACAGAGCUGAUUUAAACCGUGUACUAGACGACAUACUCGGUCCUAGCAGCGGCGACGGGUCACCAUUUCGCUCAGCAAGCCCCUCCCUAGCGAAUCUGGCAAGCUCUGGCCGCGUUAGCCAAGCUAGCAAUCUUCCUCCAGAGCACUCGAGCCCAAGGCCCUCUCAUGCUGUUUCAAGUGGAGGGACCGACAAUGUGAUGGAACGUGAAAUUACUCCGCGAUACCUUCCAGACCUCGUCGACGUACAACAGGACUUAUUUGAGCUCCCGCAAAAGAUGAGGACGAUCAAAUACGAGAAACAAAUCCAGACGAUGGAAAUGGAGACCGAAGCGCCAGAGGCCGUAGAAGAGAAGAUUCGACAACAAGUUAUCAUGCAGCAACAUCUCGAGGCAGAGCGAGUAGCCUAUGAGAAAGCACUAGAGGAGGAAUCCAAGAAGCUCGAUCAAGAAAUUGAAGAGGAAGUUCGAGAGUUGACAGAGGAAGAACGCAUCGCAUUCUUGGCCGACCCGAAAGUGCUCGAUUUUAUUGACGACUCGACGAAAAUAUUCCAUCGUGUGCUCAAUGAUCGAUAUAAUUACAUGAGCGACUAUACCCAAGGGGCGGACGCUAACGGCGACGAUUCCGAAGGACGACGUGUCAAGCGGGUUUGCGAGUUUUGGAAUGAACGAUACGGAAAAAAUCGGUCGAUAACUGAUGUUGACUGGUCACCUAAAUUUCCUGAACUCACAGUAGCCUCGUACAACAAGAAUCAUGCGGCUCUCAACGAACCCGCAGGCAUUGUUGCCGUCUGGAAUACUCACUCAAUCGAGCGACCUGAAUUCGUUUUCCACUCACCGUCCGAUGUUCUCUCAGUCCUAUUUUCCCCAUUUCAUUCCAACCUGAUCUUUGGAGGGACCUAUUCGGGCCAGAUCCUCUUGUGGGAUAACCGGUCUAAGCAUUUACCCGUUCUAAAAACGCCUCUUUCUGCUGCUGGACACACUCAUCCAGUUUAUGCCAUCCAAAUGGUUGGGACACAGAACGCCCAUAAUCUUAUUACAAGCAGUACAGAUGGCACUGUCUGUAGCUGGCUUGUUGAUAUGCUAGCUCAGCCGCAGGAAACACUUGAACUGAUACAUGCAGGACACAACAAAACAGGCGAAGUCGCAAUUACUGCGCUCGAUUUUCCCAAUAACGAAACAACCACAUUCUGGGUCGGAACGGAGGAGGGCAAUGUGUACCAGGCCAACCGCUAUGACCGUGCUGGCGCGAAAGCAGGCCUCAAUCAGUAUGACAUGUACAAGGGCCAUUCUGGGCCAGUCAUGGGCCUUCAUUUCCAUCCAUUAGCUGGCCCAGUUGACCUAUCAGACCUAUUCUUAACAUGUUCAGUUGAUUGGACGGUCAAGUUGUGGCGAGCCAAAUCUCUCUCGAAACCCUCGACAGCGCCGCAUGGAAUCAGCCCGUUAUAUUCCUUCGACGAAGCAGACGACUACGUCUACGAUGUGAAAUGGCAUCCACAACACCCUGCGAUGUUUGGGUCUGUUGAUGGUUCAGGCAAGUUCGACCUGUGGAAUUUAAAUGCAGACACGGAGGUACCCGUCGUGUCAACGAGUGUUGGAUCUGGCCGGGCGAUUAAUAAGCUGCAAUGGAAUAAGGAUGGACGACACGCAGCUUUGGGAGGAAGCGAUGGUAGGCUGUAUGUCUAUGACAUCGGGGAUUUGGGUGCCUCUCGAGGGGAAGUGGAAUGGUCAGAAAUGCAGAAAGUAGUCGCCGGCAUCCAGCAGCCGAAUGUCGAUAAGUAG